AGUUUCUCAUGAUGUCUUAAUGAAAAAAGGAAAAGUUUUGGAUAUAUCAUGAGCUGCUCUGUAGAAUUACGACAGCGUAGACAACAGGGGAUGGCGGAGGAUCCUCACAAACUUGCAGCAAUGAUGAAUAAAUCUCAAAGACUUGUACUAGGACUUUUAGUGUUACUCUUAGUUGAUAUAAUUUGGGUCUCUAGUUCUGAACUAACUAAAUACAUUUAUAGGGAAUCAGCAUUUGAAAAACCGUUUUUCAGCACUUAUGUGAAAACAUCAAUGUUCACGCUUUAUUUGCUGGGUUUGUGCUUUUGGCCUCCAUGGCGGGAUCAGUGUAAUAAACCAGCAACAUAUAUGUUCAUAGAUCCUAAUGUUGAGGAUGAUAACUUUUAUUCAGAAGCCAAUACAAGUCUGGUAAGUAAUUUCUUAAGUGAUCCAAUGUUUGUACCAAUAAAAACACCGGAUCACUGUGAUCGUUCCUCGGGUACAGAAAGUGAUGAUUCGUCAAUACGUUCUGUCCGAUUUAGUAAGUUAGCAGAAGUUAGACAUAUGUCCGAAACCGAUGCCACGGAAGCGUUAUUGGCAAGACUUAGUUACCAAGCUAGCUUAAGGGCUGGGGAGCAUGUGAGGCGACAAGCCAAUAAAUUUUCUGUGCAAAAAGUUGCUAAGAUUGCACUUAUGUUUUGUUUACUUUGGUUUAUGGCGAACUAUAUGCAUCAGAUCUCAUUAGUGAAAACUGAGGCAGGAGUUGUAACAGUACUGUCGUCAACUUCUAGUUUAUUCACUUUAUUUCUUGCUGCCUUUUUCCCAAGUAAUGGAGGAGAUAAAUUUACAUUGUCUAAACUAGUUGCUGUGUCAGUCAGCAUUCUUGGGCUAGUAUUAGUAGGUCUUUCAGAUUUAACUAUAGAAACGAAUAGGAUACCUACAGGCAUAAUAUUGGCGCUAGUCAGUGCAUUUUUCUAUGCUGCUUACAUUGUAUUUCUAACAAGGAAGGUAGACCACGAGGAUAAGAUGGAUAUACCAAUGUUUUUUGGUUUUGUUGGACUUUUUAGCUUGACACUUUUAUGGCCGUUGUUCUUUAUUCUUCAUUAUGGUCAUUGGGAAGAAUUUGAAUGGCCAGACACACAUCAGUGGACAUUUUUGAUCAUCAAUGGUCUAAUUGGUACAGUUCUAAGCGAAGUGCUUUGGCUAUGGGGUUGUUUUUUAACAUCGUCCCUUAUAGCAACUUUGGCAGUUAGUUUAGUUAUGCCGAUGUCCAUGAUAGCUGACGUGUUAUUAAAGAAGGUCGAAUAUCCAUGCAUUUUCUACUUAGGAACCAUUCCGAUGCUUAUAGCAUUUCUGACUGUGUCUCUUCUAUCCUACUAUGAUAAUUGGGAUCCAGUCAUGGAUUUAAUUAAAAGAAUUUACAUUUGGAUUUGUAGAAGGAACAGAUCAACAAGAAUACCCGAUCUCGAAGCAGAGCAAACCGAAUCGCUCAUAGGAAUAAAUAGCGGUGAGCAUGAAGCUUAACUCGACAAUAACUAUGAAGAAACUAUGUAAUAAACGUCCUUUAUGUAUGUAUAUUUCUACA